CGCCGAGGGAGGAAACAAAAGAAAUUCUACAGUAUCAAGUAAGGUAUCGCUAACUGGCCAGGUUACUGAGAAAGCUGCAAGGCCGUCUAUUAUAAAUAUUGUGAUCUCCCGCCAAAAACCGUCUACCUUUCUACAUCUACCAAACACUCUAGAAACACUCAUCCAACUCUUCGAUCCAAUCUUUCUUCUACCUUUUACAAUGUACUCCACUACAGUUCUCUUCCUCGCCGCGUCCGUUACCGCUCUUCCCGGACUCAAGGCUCAGACCGCAACAAUGGUGCAAACUGGUGCACUUGAGUCGCGAACAAGCGGUCGUGUCUGCCCAAACAUCCUCUACAGUGUCCCGGCUUGCUGCUCCGUGGACAUUCUUGGCGUCGCUGAUCUCAGCUGCUCUACUCCACGUGAGGGAAAUGAUGAUGCCGAAGACUUUGUCGGUUCCUGUGCCGAUCAAGGCAAGGAAGCUAAAUGCUGCACUCUUGAGCUCGCAGGACUUGGAGUUCUCUGCUUUAGCACAAUCGGUGCUUAACUGACUUCAAGUUAAUGUGUCUCGUGUUGCACGCACGAAGUGUGACCGUCUACAUAUCUUGCAUCCUUUCUUCAUGACGUUGGGCUGAUAGUAGACCACGUAACUAGAUCAUGGUUGCGGUCCACCAAUCAUUCGACCAAGAACAUACAACCAAUUAGGUAACUCCCGCAGAUAGUGUAGAUAGCAUAGUUUACUCAGUGACCAAUUUAACAUAGUAUUUAUUAAUAUUCAUGCCCG